UUUCUUCCGGUCAAAAAACAAGUUUGAUAAGCAACGACCAUUUGAUUAAACGACGACAAAAGUACUCAAACGACACAAACAAGCUGUGACAGUGUUUUGUCAAAUUCGACACUGAAUCGAGGAAAAACAUCACUUGAAACCAACCAUGUCGUGUUGUUUAUCAUGCUGCACAUCUUUAACUUGUGGUCUCUGUACCUCUGUAGCAUCUGGGAUCUCACAAAAAUCAGCUAGAAUCGGUUACUGUUUUCUCUUUGGUGCGUCUCUUAUAGUUUCUUGGAUUCUUAGAGAAGUUGGAGCACCCCUUUUGGAGAAAAUUCCAUGGAUAGAUUCAUCGGAUACCCACACGAAGGAAUGGUAUCAAGUACAAGCAGUUCUUCACGUGAGCUUGGGAAAUUGCCUGUUCUUUGUUGUUUUAGCCCUCAUAAUGAUUGGUGUGAAGGACCAGAAUGAUAAGCGUGAUUCAUGGCACCAUGGUGGAUGGACCGUAAAGAUAGUGAUAUGGCUUUUGCUUAUCGUCCUUGCAUUCUUCAUUCCAGAUUCCAUAAUGCUAGCGUAUGGAUUCAUAUCAAAGUUUGGGGCUGGCUUGUUUUUACUGAUUCAAGUUAUAAUUUUACUCGACUGUACCCACAAUUGGAAUGAUUCAUGGGUUGAGAAAGAUGAACAAAAAUGGUAUAUUGCUCUACUUGUUGUAUCAAUUGGAUGCUACAUUGCAGCAUUUACGCUGUCAGGAAUUCUUUUUAUUUGGUUCAACCCUGGGGGAUAUGACUGUGGUCUCAAUGUCUUCUUCCUUUCCAUGUCGAUGAUUCUUGCUUUUGUGUUUGGAGUUGUUGCUCUGCAUCCUAAGGUGAACGGAAGCUUAUUGCCUGCAUCUGUGAUAUCACUUUACUGUGCAUACGUGUGCUACACGGGUCUUUCUAGCGAACCUCGAGGUUAUGAGUGCAAUGGUCUCAACAAGUCCAGAGCUGUAAGCACGGGUACACUCGUUCUUGGCAUGCUAACAACAGUGCUGUCUGUGUUGUAUUCUGCUCUUCGUGCUGGAUCUUCAACCACAUUCUUAUCACCACCAUCUUCACCUAAAGCAGGUGAGAGCAAACCUCUUCUUGAAGAAGUGGAAGAAGGAAAAAGCAAAAAGGAGGAAAAGGAAGCCCGACCAGUUAGUUAUUCCUAUUCAUUCUUCCACCUAAUAUUUGCCCUCGCUAGCAUGUAUUCAGCCAUGCUUCUUUCUGGAUGGACCAGCACAUCUGAAAGCUCAGAUCUGAUAGAUGUUGGUUGGACAUCAGUAUGGGUUCGGAUUGGGACAGAAUGGGUUACUGCUGGGUUGUAUCUCUGGAGUCUCUUGGCUCCUUUGUUGUUUCCUGAUCGUGAAUUUGCUUAGUUCUCUUGCCUGAAAAGUAAUGACUGUAACUAUAUUUAUAGAGUAUACCAUUAAUUUUGUUCUUCAACUUUCACCCUCCCUCGUACUCUGUUCCUCAAGUAAAUGAAGAUGAUACGUAAUCCCUAAUGUUUUGUCACAUUAGGGAUUCAUAAAAUGGACAUGAAAUACGUUUAAGGGAACUGGUUUUUAUUUAUUUAUUUGAGGGAUGAAAUGAGAAAGAGGGUGCAAGUUAAUGGACGAAAUUGGUAGAUUACUCGUUUAUAUUGCACAUAGCAAUACCAUUGGGUGUAUGGUAUUGAAAAUUAUGACCUUCCCUACCUAUGUAUAGAAUGUUGUGUGUUGUGAUAAAUGGUAUGUGUAUAAAUUCACUCUUCAUGUGAUAUGUAUCCAUUUUUACACCUAUUAUUGUACAUAAUGCUUACAAAUAUAUUGCACUCCCAGUGGGUGUUGGCGUUUAAGGUUAUGAACUUCCCUACAUUGA